AGUGUCUUAUAAUUUUUCUGUUGGUACACAUGAUGCGUGUAAAAAAAACAUUGUUAUUCGGUGUAUACUGUAAUGCACACGUAUAGUUAUUUAGUUUAAAAUUUACAUCAUAAUGCCUGAACUUAAGGGCUGUAUUUUGGUUUGUAAAAAAUGUGCUUGAUAUUUUAUCAACAUUGUGUAACAUCGGAGACAUUUUAAGACAUUGAAGUGGUAGUUAUUGAUAGGUUGGAGUCUGCGGCAGGUUUGGAGGUUGUGCCUUCCAAAUAACUACGGAAAUGCCACCAAAAAUAAAAAAGGGUGAAACGUUACCUUGGCAUAAAGUAAAGAAUGUUGUGACCUUAAAGAAAGACGAUGUGAAAAGAACAAUUGAAUUAUUAGCUAGGGAUAAGAAGUCAGAUGCUAAUAAGAGGUUUUCUAACUGUGUAUCAAAGAAAAACACUUUGAGAAAAAGAUGCUCAGGACUGCUGCCCGGCUCAGCCACCUACAUGGCCCUGGAGUUGCGCAAGUGCGUCCUGCGGCGAGACUGGACCAGCGCCACGCGCCUGCUGCUGUGCUUCCUGCCCGUCGCCCCCAGGACCCUGGAGCUGCUCGUCUGGAGGGUGUGCAUUUUGAUUCUCUUCCAUCAUCCUUUGUCGACUGAUGAGCUCAGGGAGGAUUUUGUGAGGAUGACGACGGGCGUGGAUCAAGUCGAGGGCAUUUUGGAGAACAUAUUGAGACUCCCUGAGAGACCUUCCUAGAAACAAGUAGCUCUGCGGGUGAAAUAUAUUUUUUUUACAUAUUGUAAUUCUUUUUUUACAAUAAAGAAAUAUUUUUUUGCAAAAAACAA